CAAUAUGCCCCUCCUCGAGAUCGCCUGCUUCAACCCGCAAAGCGCUGCAAUCGCCGCUGCAGCAGGAGCAGAUCGAAUCGAACUUUGCGAAAACCAAGCAGCAGGAGGUACAACCCCACCAAAAGCCUGGCUUCGACAAAUCAAAGCAGCAGCAGCAACAGCAGCCGCCGGCGGCUUAGAGAAGAGAGAAAAGAAAAUUCCCAUCUUCGUCAUGAUUCGGCCUCGAGGAGGAGAUUUCUACUAUUCCGACGCGGAAUUCGAAGAAAUGAAAGCGCAAAUCGACGCAUUUCAAAAAGAAGAAAAAAUAGACGGCUUCGUCUUCGGUCUCUUAGACAAAACCCAUCCUCAACAAAUCGACAUUUCACGAACCAAAGAGCUCGUCCAAAGGGCAAAGCCACUACCUUGCACAUUUCAUCGCGCAUUCGACUCGACAGCCAAUCCGAUGCAAGCACUCGAAGACGUCGUGGCUGCAGGCUGUAGUGCCAUUUUGAGCUCGGGAGGAGCGAGGGAUGCGGGAGCGGGCGCGGCGGUGCUCCAGCAACUGGUGCAGGCAUCUCGCGGACGAAUUACAAUUAUUGCGGGUGGAGGUGUGAGGUUGAGUAAUAUUGAAGGGAUUUGUGCGACUGCGGGCGUCCAUGUUUGUCAUUCUUCGGCG